AUGGCACAGGCUUCGGCCACGAUCAAGCUAGCCCACUACCUAACUACAAGAGUAACAUUGGGGCUCUUACUUAUUCGUAAAACGGUAGCCGACACAUCAGACCAAAAUCGAAGAGCCUCAAAACAAGCUCGUGCGCUGGAAUCCCGAUAUAUUAAUCACCCUGCAUUGCACGAGGGGGACGGUUCUGCAUUCUGCAUCACCCAGUCAGGGGCUUGUCGCCAAACCAGUUGGUCCCUUGGACCCCGUCGCGAUAACUUGAGGGUGCGGUGCGACGGCCCAGUCCGUGGCUGGCCACCUAUGUAUUUGCUGCUGGUGGAUCAAGGACCUGGCCAAAAACGGACUGGCAAAUUGCGCGAGAAAGCUUGGCUGCUCGAGUUCGCUUGUCGGCGCGUGGCGGCCGCUCCUACUGGCUACCACCAUCGUGACUCGAUCGUGACCUGUCGUAAAACCGAAGGAGAGUUCUCUCUGCCGAGUUCCGUGAAGCCCGAUAGUAGCCCACAGGCGAUUUUGGCUCGCAAUCUUGUGACGAAGGGGGCGGGUGUAAAAAAGUUACUUGUGGCGUUUGGGGGUUGGCCCCAUCGCCGCCAUGGUCAGCUGGGGCUGGUGUAUUUUUACUCCGCCACCGGCGCCCUUUGUCGCCAUUUACCCCGAGAUGGUAUCGCGCGGUCACUAUGCUACGAAGUUGCGCAAAAAUGA